UUCAUUUGAAUAAUUGGGCUUCUUAGGCUUGCUGCAUGCAUAUAUUAUAAUUCCUCACGGCAAAAAAGCGUGACAUUGGUAUUGAAGGGCAGCUGAUUCGCCAGUCGUAGCAAGAUUGCAGCAAGGUUCAGACAAGGGUGUCAGCUGCCUUUUAUUUCUGUUGCCUAACUUGUUAAUCUCACUGGACACUGUUCUCAGUCGGUCGUUUAAUUAAGAUGACAGAAUCUAAAGUCCCUCUUCAGCAACUGGAAGUAGAUGGCGAACCGAAAGUGAAGUCAGGGAAAGGAGCGUUUACUGGUUUAUUUUUGGACAAAACCAAGCUAAUAAUUCUUGCUGUUGUAAUCUUGGUCCUGUUGAUUAUAAUAAUUGUCUUAGCUGCAGUUCUUGGCCACGAACAAGCAAAGAACAGAAGAGACACGCCGGAUAAAACGCGUAAGUAUAAGUAUUAACAAGUAUUCAAAUAUUCCGGCACUCGGCGAUGGGAAGUAUUUCAACCCAAUAUCAGUUUUCAAGUUAGAGGAGAAACAAAGAAUGGACGAGUACUUAAAUUAUCCUUCAAUGCUCAGUGCAAUUAGCUUGUCUUAUAGCGCGCGUCACUGUUUUCAUUACUUCAAAAGUUUUUACUUUACUCAUGAUAUUUUAUGUCAUUAAAAUUUGAUCGUAGAAUGGCUGAAUGGUCACACACUUUUUAUCCGUAACGAACACUCAUGGGUUGUUCUGAUUCGAAAAAAGAAAAGAAAAAGAGAGAUUUGGAAGUCGAUCGUCGAAGCCUCAUAACUAUUAUUUAGUGUGCAGAUAGAUGGGGUGAAAAGGGAAUGUCAGCAAAUUAAAAUUGGCAUUUUUAAAUUCAAAAUUGUCGUUAUAUUAUUUGAUUUUCACGCCGGAGUAAACAAGCAGGUUGUUAAUUUGCAUUGGAUCAUUCGAAAUCAAGACUAAAUCAGGAAACACUUAAUCACUCUUUCACGUCGACUGAGCUUACAAUUAACCGAUCGGAAACAACCAGAACCUGAAACCCUUCGCCGGCGAGGCUGCAUCAAUCAGAAAUUCUAACAAAAUAUAACUUGUGAGCAUUAUUUCCCAACAUGUGUUUAAUUGUUUUCUGCGGGCUCUUAUCAUGCUGCAAGUUUAAGUAUAGUUUGUGCCGGCCAAGGCCCAGUCGCUACAUGUCAGAUGACGAGCCCUUUCUAAGUCAACAGGCUGACAAAGCGUUAAGGAUCAGUCGCGUAUAGAUGUUAUGGUUCCUGAGUUUUAUUCUUAAAAAUCUCAUGCUUAUUGCUUUUAAAUUUCAUCUUCCGUUGUUGUUCAAGUACGGUGUUGUUCAAAUAUUUGAAAAUGAUCGGUAAAAUAGUUAUGGAAAAUUUUUAACUGGGAUAAAGUUAUGUUCGAGCGAUGUUUUUAAAAACUAUUUUUUAAUUCCCAAAAACGAUUAAUACCUUUUACUGACCUUUGGCACGUUUCUCGAAUGUCCUGGUAAUUUUUGGGCCCGGUUACCUAUUUCACCUUUUCAGAGCAAAGCUUUGCUGAAAAAAAUGCGGAAAAAGCUCUCGAUUAGGAAGGAAAGUAGGCAGCUACCUACUGGUAGAAGGACGGGACAUAAUGGCCCUAGAAACCUGCCUCAACAUGCAGGGAAUAUAUUUUCUAGUGUCACUGAGUUGUCAAUUCGCGUUCCAGUCAGGGAUGUUGUGUUGGGAAAUUUCAAUUCUUAUAUAGUUUCUAUUGAGCAUACAAUUUACUAAUAACUUCAUUUUAUGUUCAUGUUCAUUUCCAUCCCAACCAAUUUGUACUUAAAGCCAGCUGAAACUUUUUAAACAAAUACGGCCGUUGAUCUUCAUGGAGUUUACCGGCAGUGCUUUACCCAUUUUCAGUUUGCCCACACAACGCUUUUACCGAAACUCUCUUUAUAGUGAACAGUUUCAUGUAAGCGUAUAGCGUCGAAUAGAAAAACAGUUAGUUGUCUCUUUAUUUGUAAAUAACCUGCAUGGGUAGACAACAGGCCCUGCGGUCCCAUGAUUUUUUGAACCGCAGCCAAUUUAGUUAGACUUCGACCCCAUAACCAGCCCAGUUUGAUUACCCCAGAAGUGGAGCUGUUUUCCCCUAACCUGCUGGAGCAGAGCGUUUCAUUCAAGUUUUGACAAUGAAUUUUAGAAGUUAUGACAGAUUGGAAAGCACUCAAUUUCAUUUUUUUUUUGUCCCCCUCAUUCUGAAUUAUGUAUUUUGUUAACACAUACUUAGCUGACAAAAAAGAAGAAGUGAGUCCUACACAGUCUACCGGUCCUACCACUCCCGGAACUGAACCAUGGUGGCAAAUCCGUCUUCCGGUGUAUAUCAGACCCAAGCAUUAUGACCUCAUACUAUACAUUGAUCUGAGUAAGCCUAACUUCACAGGGAAGGUGGAUAUUCUAACCAAUGUAUCGAAAUCCACGCCUUAUAUACUCCUACAUAGCAGAAACUUGAAUUUCACCACGGUUAAAGUCCAGAAGAAAUCUGGAGGUAGGUCGUGAUUAACAGCUUUUUUGUAUGACAAUAUUUUAAAAUAUCCGGGUUAUUCAUAUAUUAUAGAGUACACGCGAUGAUAUUCCGGAUACCAUAAUCCUGGAAAAAUAGGAACUUGUCUACUUGCCCUUAGCUUGGAUGUUUGAGUGGAUCUCAGUUAAUUUCAACGGUGUCAUGGAAAACGUUGACUGGACACUUCGCUGUUGUAGCCUUUUUAUUUGUGGGAUAUUCGGGGUUGAAAUAGGUCUGAAAACCUAAAUGUAUAGCUAGAAUUCCUGUGCAAGGCAAUUUAACACUCGUAGGGUUACAGAGUCUCUUAUCUUUUUCAUAGGACUAUUCUUUGUUUUUGCUUUGGUUGCUUUCUUGUUUUUACUCGUUUAUCUUGCUUUGUUUGUUUGGAAAAUUUUAAAUCCAUCCUGCUUUGUUGCUCAAUUAACAUUUAGUUACCUAAUAUUUCAGAUUCAAUCCCAAUCAAGCGACGCUUCAAGUUCGAAAAGAACCAGUUUCUUGUUAUAGUGUUGGAAUCAUCUAUUGAUAAAGGCAUGUAUGUUAUAACAUCGGAGUUUUCAGGAGAGUAUGCAGCUGACCUGAGAGGAAUGUAUAAGGCGUCCUUCAAAUACAAGAACGGCACUGAUUCGUAAGUGUUCUGUAAAGAUUUAUUUUUUAUUCUUCUUUUUUUUUUUUUAAUUCAUCACAGUAAACUAUCUUCUCAUUAUGGUCAAACAUCAACGCCAUGGAAAAUUUAUUUAAUAUAUAUUUAUAAUAAAUUUAUUUUUGGUAAUAGCAAUAACGUUGUCGUACAAAAAAGCACAAAAGGAGACUUAAUAUAUAGCCAUUGAAAUUAAAUUUUGAUAUUUUACUAAUCAUGAAAAGCACUAUUGCUGUUUUAAAUACUACUUCAAUUUAACAUUAACAGCGCUCGCUGAGCCUAGUUAGAUCACAGACGUUUUACUUUACCCUGCUUGUAACAUUUUACAGAUUUAACUCUCUCGCUCUCCACCUGCCAUAUAAACGCCUGCAAAAGGCUAACCAUAUAACAAAGAUUUUAAAAUGCCCUUCUGAUACUAUUUUACAGGGAGUUUGCAAUGCCCUGCCUUUACUAUUUCAAAGAGGUUUUAUAAUUCCGUGCUAAUACCAUUCACAGAGAUUUUAAAAUGCCCUUCUUAUAACAUUUUACAGACGAGGUUUUAUAAUGCCCUUCAUAUACCGUUUUACUAGAGAUUACAUCGUAUUCAUUGUAUCUAGUUAUGAAUUUAAGUUAUGAAAUUACUGUACAUGUGAAAAGAAAAAGACUAGGCACUUGACUAGACAAUUAUGAUGAAUAUUAAUAAAAGAAUAGGUUUUAUAUUAACUGUUAAUUGAGGACCUCAUUGACUAUAGAUCUAGCUGGACCUACAAUUGUAGCUAGACCUAAACAAGGCCUCAGCUCAACAUUAUACACUACUUACUAUGCAAGAAUUUACGAAUAAAUAUAUGGAUUGCCGUCAUUUUUUAAUCAUUGGUACUUUCAACACCGAACGUCAGGUUUUGUAAGUUUGGCAUGCCUUUCCGAAUAUUCAGGUCUUGCGGUGAUAACAUAUACGGUCUCUUUUCCACGGCCACUCAUCAGUCCUUGUAGGUUUGACACUGGCAAUAAGAGGACUUUAUCCCCCUUCUUUAACAAUUACAACUGUAGGCAUUUAAAUUUAAAAUGAUAAUCUCUUUUUUUUAGUAUCAUUGUAUUGUUUAGACUUGAAAAACUAUUUAAUUUGCUGUCAGUGAUAAAUCAUUUUGUUAAUUGUAGUCUUUAAGUUUUUUUUUACUAGUUUGUCGUAUUUUUUUGGCCUUUGUAACCAUUUGAAUUUCUAUACACUUCAUUACAGUAACGUUGUCAUACAAAAAGUAAAAAAAAACAAAAACAAAAAAAGCUAAGAAGGCCUAAUUUAGUAAUAGCCCAUUAAAAUUACCUAUGGAUAUUUAGAUUAUUCUGAAAACAUUUUGUAGUACAGUAUAUUGUGUUAGAAUGAAAGCAGUUGAGUUAAGAGAAGGUUAAUAGUUGCCACCGUAAGUACGUUUUAUGCUUCACCCUCUCAUCCAAUCAUGAUAAGUGUACACCUCUGUUAUUCCUUUCUAGCUUUUUCUCUAUUUGUUUUGUUGUUUUUGUUUUCAUUUUUCCAUAACAACGUUAUUGGCUGAUUAGGAGUAUGCAAUUUAUUAUCCAUUUGUAUAUAUGUUUAUUUUAUAACGCCCAUUCUAUAUACGUUUUACUAACUGUUUUAUUUUUAACAAUAAUUUUAUUGCGCAUUUCAUGUGUAUGUUAACUGCACUUUACAAAUCGUAACAUUUGUAAACAUUUAAUUAUAAUAACUACAGGGUGUCCCAAAAGUUCGUUCCUCUAAUUUCAUGCACUAUAACUUUUGAUCAAAACUAUAUUUUUACACGAAAAUGCUAGAAGAUGUUUAUUUCUCUAUCAAGUACAUGUAUUCAGAAUUUCAGUAGCCGUUGCGGCAUGAAUUGAGAUACAGCGUGUAGACCCACAAAUGAUCCGUUUUGAGCAUUUUUAUCACCUGGUGCGCAGGAUCCAGUUCAACCCCCAAACAAAAUUUGUUUAGUUUAGGCAGCUGAAAAAAUAUACAUAUGUAUAUUUUGGGCGUUCAUCCAAAAAAGAUAAUCAUCCCGGCCCCCUUCCACAGCAAAGCUUUUGUACUUCUUUACAAAUUUGAAACAAGCUGGGUGUUAAAUUGGCAGACUAAGCAGAGGGUUUUUUGCCAUCUCAGGGGUCUCUAAUUUUAAACAUUUUAAACAUUUUUUCACGACCCUUUUAUUUGGCUUGCUAACUAUGUCAGACUGAGUUUCCUUGUCGAGUCUCCUAUUUUGUAUCUAGCCUUCUUUAAAACUAUUCUAGCUGCUUUAAUCAGGGCUUUUGGUCUCCCCCUUAGUUUCUUGCCUUCAAAACCUUCAUUUCUCCAUGAUCAUUCAACCACCUAACAUUCGGAUUUUUCCAGUUUUUUAGCAAUUUCUAUAACAGAUAAGCCAGUAAAUCGAAGUAUGCAGCUGAACGUUUUUGCGUUAAGGGGGUUUAUUUUUCGUGAUAUUCACAAAAAAUAAGAAGGAGUUCGAGCAAUUCGGGCUAUGAAAUACAAAAAAUAUGUGGCUGGAACAUAUACUAGCGCACGCGCAACUUUGGCGCGGAAGUACACAAGUCGAAUAUUGGAGUCAAAAGAUGGCACAGCAAGUAUGAAAAUAGUGAAUUAUAUUGAAAGACACAACUUUUGUUGAAAUGUUUUCCUUACCAAGUCCUAUCGUACUGAAAUACAGACUUAUAAAGUAGAGGAACGAACUUUUGGGACACCCUGUAUAAUAUUGUUAAGAACUGUCGAACAUAUAGACUACGGUACAGUGUUGUUUAAGUACUUAUAGCAGUAAAAAUGUACCACCGUGUUAUUUAUUGUUCGAUUAUUUGCAAGUAAUGUUAAUCUUUCUCGUUAGGCAUUUCUCUGCUACUCAAUUCCAACCUUUAAGGGCUAGGAAAGUGUUCCCAUGUUUUGACGAGCCCGCGAUGAAAGCGACCUUUAACGUGAGCCUUGUUCAUGAUCCGAGUCUAAUCGCGUUGUCAAACAUGCCUAUCUACAAAAGCGAGGUAAAAGAAGGCAGGAAACAUGACCAUUUUGAGAAAACAAAAAAGAUGUCUACUUAUCUAGCAGCCUUUGCCGUUGGUGACUUCAAGUACAAAGGGACAAAGACAGACAAGGGAGUUGAUGUGAGUUAGAGAUUUAUAUUAAUUUUUUAUAUUUUUUUUCAAAAUAUGUCUGGCCAUUAGUUUCCAAGUAUUUAAGAAAUAGACCUCUUUAGCUUGUAUGUUUUGUUUUCUCGAUGAAGGCUUCAGAGAAAUUUAUAUUGUAAAAUGAGAUCAAUAAAAUGUAUAAACUAAAAUUUAUAAAAUAAAUGCUGCUGACAUAUGCACAAGGAGAAUAUGGAAUUUGAUGAGAUGAGACAGUUAUCUUGAGACGUAUUAUUACAAAACCUACAUUGGGGAAACAAAAGAUAUAAGGGAAUAUAUGUAUAUGUCUAUUGAAGGAAAUAUUAGUUUGAAAGAGAAAAUGCAAAAGAGAUGAUAACAAUUCAUUUACAAUGGCUAAGGAUGGAAGAGAUUAACGUGGAUUAAAACGACAACCGUGAUUAAAAGAAAAAAAGACUUGUUAUAAUUUUAAAAAGCUGCUGAGACUAUUACGGAUUUUCCUUUAAUCUGUGAAGCUUCAGGGUAUGAGAAUUACUUGAGAAUAUUUCGUAUACAUACUCAAAUUCUUCACAUUCGUUUUCUUUGUAGAUCAGGAUGUACGCUCGAGCGGAAGUUCUGGAUCAAGUGGACUACUCAUUGAAUGUAUCAAAGCAAUGCAUGGCGUUUUUUAAAGAUUUUUUCGGUGUUGAUUAUCCGUUACCAAAAUCAGGUGCAUUUCUUUUAAAACUUAAAGGGCGCUUUCCAAAAGUCAGAGCUGGCAAGGCGAAGCCGGACACUUUGAAAAUGCAGCAGGCUUUUUCGUUGGUUUUGCUGGUCGUGCAUCACUAUUUUAGGAUUUGACUGAUCUGGCUGAACAGUUUUGAUAAAAAGUGAAAUUCUGAUUACGACAGGAAUGGUCCGGCCUGUCAGUUCCGACAAAUGAAGAUCGCCUUAAGAUCAAGAAAAAUGAUCAAGAGUCAGUCUGAUCUCCACGGUAACGUCAGUAAUGCAUUCAUUGUUUCCUCAGACGGAAUCGGCCUACCCGUGUUUGGACCAGGAGGUAUGGAGAACUGGGGCCUUAUCAAAUACCGAGAGACAGGAGUGUUGGUCAAAGAAGGGGAGACCUCAUCAUCUUCACGAGAGGGCAUCGCAAGAUUGGUUGCGCACGAAGUAGCACAUCUGGUAAAACCAGUGUUAUCAGUUUUGUAAAAUAAGUUGCGGUCAUGUAACCCCAAUAUUACGAACACCCAUUUAGGUGACAGUCGACGAAAAAGUUCAACGUAAAGUGCGACAAGUCAAUGAAGCGUGAGCUGUAAAUUCCCAUACAAAUACGUCCCCUUGGAAAGUGGCUAAAGACGCCAAUUUAGGAUUUGGAAAGUUCUCUGGUAGCUAUUUCUCCCUUGUUGAUUUACUAACAUCUUUUCUUUUUUUAGGAGGGGCGUGGCCGAGUGGUCAGCGCCUCGGACUCGCAAUGUGGUGGUCCCGGGUUCGAGCCCGCUUUAGCCACUUUCCUGGAUUUUUUCUCGGUCAUUCCGAGUUGAAAUCCUCGGCCACGCUUGUGAACAGCUAACUGAUUGCCUCUUUCCAGUUGGGGUUUUUAAUCCUUUUAUGUGCACUUUCCACAAUAAACAAGCCUUUAACCUUUUUUUUUUUCGCACUUCUGCUGAUUUUCUGUUGGGGAUCCAUACCUAAUCACGGUCUUUUUCUAUAGUCCUUAAGGAAUCUUUGAAAAUUCUAACUAAGCUAAAUUAACUGCGCUAAGGAAAAUAUUCGGUAUGAAAUAUGAUAGAACGUUGAAAGGGGUAAGUCUAUCUCGAGGAAUUGGACCUCGAAUUGGUCCGCUGAAUCAUAUCAAAUUGCCCUUCCUUCCUUGUACAUUAUUAAUGGCAGCUCCUUCUAAAACAUUUUUGCAAUUUUCUUUGUUACUUGCUGUUUCCAGUGGUUCGGUGACCUUGUUACCAUGGAAUGGUGGAGUGAUCUUUGGCUGAACGAAGGAUUUGCUACCUACGCCGGUACUAUUGGUGUGGAUCAUAUUCAUCCUGAUUGGAAAAUGGUAAGUGGAAUGUGACUGAGCUCUUAUACAUAAGAUUACAUAGCACACUCGAGCUAUAUAAUUUAUAAAACGUGCAUUCGAAUAUUCGUAUCUGAAAACCGAACCGUAGGCAGUCACUUUUCAUCCCUUUAAGUUUGGGAAAAACUUACGUGGAUGUUGUAGAAACUUGACCGUUGGAAUGAAGGGGAGGGGUGGCGGGUAGGGGUGUAAUUAGGGACGUUUAGUUACUUAUCGUUGAAACCGGUGGAUACUUCGGAUUUAAAGAGAUGGGUAUACCGUCGAAUGAGAUCAAAAAUCUGAAAAAAUCCCUACGACUUCCCACAGAAACCCCCCUCCGAAAAAAAUCCCUGGACCAAACAUUAUUCCUAAAUGCCAAAAUUUGCGUUUGCGACGAUAAUUAUAAAGCUGGGCAGUUAAAACGAUGGAGAAAGGAUUGAAGCCUUGGUGGAUAUACCGCACCCCUGGAAACAUUGGAACAGAUGUAAUCAAUGUAUUGUUAAAUACAAGAGAGAACAAAAAACGUGAGUGAGUAUGGACUGUCCAAUGAGGAAAUAAAAGUGGCCAUGUUGGAUUGUUGGCUGGGUUGGUUCCUUUUCUGAAGCCCCAGGGAGGGGGGGGGGGUGCGCGGGAUUUUAAGUGACGGGGAUGAUCGAAUGGAGCCAAAAGUCAAGACCCCAAAAAAUCCCUAGGGCUUCCAGCAAAACCCAAAAAAAUCCCUGGACCAAAAAUUAACCCCAAAAAAAUCCCAUGUCGAUUUUGUGGGAAUUCCAGUGACGGUAAAGCCAAUUGACUGAAUUGAAGCGGUUGAAGUCUUGUACACGGCCGGGCACCACGGGACAAUGCAGACUAUUGCAUAACACGUGCGAUGUAAAGCGACACCAUAGUUAAUUAAACAACAGCAAAACACGUUUGUCUGUUACUUUAUUCACAGAACUACGCAGCCAGGGCACUACCGAUUCUUUUUAAUACUCCAAAAAAAUCCCUACUCAAAUCAAGCUACCCAAAAAAAUACAUGCCAAAUUUUCGUACCCAAAAAAAUCCCGGAAACGAAACUUUCAAACCCAAAAAAAUCCUUCGAUCAUCCCCGUCACUUGAAAUCCCGAGUACCCCCCCCCCCCCGGUCUGAAGCACCAAAAUUGUUUUCUCUUCUGUUGAACUAGCCGCAGCUUGUUCUUUCAUCUCCUAUAAAGUGAAUAAAAAAAAAAGAGAGAAUUAGAACACCGCAUAUUUCGAUUUUUUUCACUCGUGAGCUUGGGUCAUGCAAGGCUGCGGGAUCCUGAAAGCAGCUCAGUUGUUUGUGCUUCCUCAAUUUUUGCAGCUCAGUUGCUUUUCCUUUUCUCUUUACCUAUGGAAUGGCAACUGGUGGUCAUUCAGUGUUUCCAAAUAGAGUAUCACUAAGUUAUUUCAACUAUUGAGAGCUUUAUGUCUUCGUCCUAGGUUGACCAGUUCAUAGCCCGAGUUGUGCAGGAUUCUCUGGAUCUUGAUGGACUGGCAAGUUCUCACAAAAUCAGGAUACCAGUAAAUGACCCUCUGAAAAUCGGAGAUGUAUUUGACGCUAUAUCAUACAAAAAGGUGUGAUGAAUGUGCUCUUGAAAAUCAAUAAAUCAUUUCGCCAACUGUUAUUUUUCUUUCCUCGAAUCCUCGUUGUCCCUUCCGUUUUAGUUGUAAUAGAAAUGUUAAGAAAUUAAAUAAAUAUUUCUCUACAGCAUACGAAAAGUCAUAGCAGGAUAAAUUUAAGGUGAAAAUUUCUUGACGGAUCGUCCUGACUUGCUUAUCAACGAUGUUUCGCAUUUUUUCCCACGGCAUAGCAAGGCAAAAAUCUCAUGAAAAAUGCACUGCCUCAGUGGCAAGGUCGUCAGUUCAUGCUUUGCCUUUGAAUGUCGCUGACUCACUGUUUCUUGGUUUUGUUUAAUUUUGUUUUGUCUUUUUUUGUUUACAUCUGUUUAUAGGGUGGUUCCAUCCUGUUGAUGCUGCAUAACUUUUUAGGAAAUGCAGUAUUCCGUGACGGACUCAAGGUGUGUUUGUUUUGGUUGAAAAAGUAAAGGAAUUAAAAACGUUAUUCUCCUCCUGACAGCUCUUUGGAGAUCUACAGCACGCGUGCAUUCAUGUAUGUCCCCUAGCUCCCUUUGUUGUACGCGGGACAUUGGCUUCUAUUCUUCGUAUGAGAGGAUUUGUCGAUUGUUUCGAAGCAACGGAAUAAUGCAUGCACAAAUGAACUGAAUAGAAACUGCACAGAUUUGCGUCAUUGUCCUCUCUUGACUGAAGACUAAGUCCCAGAUUCGUUGUAAAGAAACAGCGUUAAUUUCUCUGAAUCUUUCUAUGGUGAACAAUUAAUCUCACCACCUUUAUCCCGAUAAACGCAAACUCUUAAGGUAUAUCUUAGUCUCGUUUAGUUUUUUUCUUUUUUUACAUUCAAACUAUUUACCAAAGUACUUUGAACAAGAUGGACAACCCUUGAAACCUUACUAACUUAGCUUUGAUUUUGUAUUUGUUUCUGUUUAUUUGUUUUGUCUAGCGGUAUCUCAAUGAACACAUCUACGGUAAUGCAGACACUGAUGAUUUGUGGGACGCAAUGGUUAAGGUGAUUACUAGUCUUAUGCUUUGUAUUCUUUAGUGAAUAUUACCUUAACUUGACUUCAUAAAAGCAACGGAAUGAACGAGUAAUAUAAAUAAUCAAACGAUUAAAUAUAUUUAAUCAAUCGUACCCUAAUGAUGACCUGGUCUCGAAAACGUUUGAUGACCUGGUCUCUUUUUUUGUUUUCAACAACCACCUUUUAUAACGUUAAACUUUUUUUUUUAAAUAUAUGGAGGCCAAAAUUUUUUUUAGAUUUUGGGCCAUAUAAACAUAAAAAAAGUUUAAUCAGGACUGUUGUUGUUGACAGUUGACGUUUCGACAACCUGUGCCCCGUCGCCAUGUUAUAACAUUAAUAACAUCGCGACGUAAUUGACCAAUCAGAUCAAUAACCAGAGUAUAAUACUAUGAACUGACGUAAUAUAACUCACUUUGACUCUGAAGAUAACUACCGCACAGGUUGUCGAAACGUCAGUAACUGUCAUCAACAACAGUCCUAUUCAGGACUACUUUCACCCGGACGAUCAAACUCAACCUACUUUUGAAAUGACUACUUGGCUCAAACCUUUCACAAAGUAAGUUAUGUUUAUAACUUGGAGAAAUGUUACGGAGAAGUAUGAAUGAAUUGUUCAUUUUACCGUCAGGCUGCAGGAAACUCGACUGUCAAAAAUAUGAUGGACACUUUCACAAAACAGAUGGGAUAUCCAGUGGUCACUAUUACUAAGUCUAGUAAACCGAACACCUACUUGGCGACACAAGACCGCUUCUUGUAUUACAGAGAUCCAAAGGCGAACUAUUCCAGUUCCCCAUAUGGGUAGGCAAAAUAGAUACCGUAAAAUUCCGAAAAUAAGCCCCUCCAUGUACAAGCCCCUCCAAACCGGUAACGCAAAAAAACCUCCGAUAAAUCGCCCCUCCAAACAUAAGCCCCCCCCCCCCAGGGGGGGGGGGCGCUUCUACUUGAAAAAUUGCCCUUACAAAGAAAAACGUUAAAUUUAAUUCCAACUCAGAAGGCUAGCCCAAUCGAUUUUGAAACGCAAAUUUCACUCCGUAGAUAAGCCCCUCCGAAUAUAAGCCCCUCCAAAAAUAAGCCCCUCAAAAAGGCCCUUCGAAAAAUUUAAGCCCCGGGGCCUAUUUUCCCAAUUUUACGGUAUUUAUAUAUGUAUUUAUAUAAAGUUGGUAUCCGAUCCCCUGGUAUGGGCAGAUGACAUCGUUAUGUCCACAAACAUGAAAACUUUGUCGAGCUGACCACGCCACGUUUGGAUACAAACUCGUUUGUGAACCGUGUAAUAGCUUCAAACUGAAGUAAAAGAAGUUUUGUUUUAUUUCUUUCGUGAGUUUUUUUUAAAGAAUUUAAACCUAAGCUCUUGCAUUACAUUACUCCUGAGGGAAUCAAGCAACAGUGUUUUUUGCGUCAUCAUGAUAUGCUGGCGGUGGUGGAACUGCGUUAUUGGUAUACAAAGUCGCGUUGAAAGCACGCUAGAACGAGAAAGUUGAACAGAAUUUUUCUGGUUACAGGAUAGGGGAUCCAAGACAGUUUUGAUUCUGGAAUCCAUGUCAUGUAUUCCAGAUUCCAGGUACUGGAUUUCACUGAGUCUAAGUCAGUGGAACUUAGAGUCUGGAUUUCAGUCUUUGCUAGGAUUCUGCUAUUCCCAUAGCUGUAUUCCGGAUUCCAAAGCCCAGUAUUGCGCAUUCCACAAGUAUUGUUUUUCCUGAUUCCUGCAGAUUCCACGAUUCAUCCAGAUUCCCUCCCAUGGGGCGAAUCAGCUCAAAUCUUUCUGUGUACAUUACGUAUUUAGAAUACCAAGCGGCUGAAUGAUUUCCAUCUGUCAUGAGGUUUUUACGCGGUUUUUGCUUUCCGGUAAUGCAGGAAAAGACUCUGACUAAAAUGGUUUAGGACCAGUAAUUGGGAAAGAUAUGAUGGCCGAUCCGGCUACUUGUUUAAGUUUUUAAUACUCAUGAUCUCAUAACUCCUUUCCUUUUACAUCAUAGGUACAAGUGGACAAUACCAUUUUCGUACUUCAUAGGAGCUAGCAGAACCUCCAACCCUCCAAGCAAGACUAUGUUUAAGAUAAUCGAAGGCAAUCAAAGUAAGAUAGCCUUUUUUUAUUAUUAAACAGUGCUUCUUAAAGAUGGAAAAACGUUUUGCUUAUCAUUUGACAAAUUUGUCGCCGCCAGGUUAAUAAUAAGUAAAUAUGGCAAAAGUUGACAAAAAACACUGUUUUAAUUUUAGUUGAAAUUUCUUGGGAUGGAAGCGGAUGGAUUAAAGGAAACAUAGGACAGACGGGAUUCUAUCGGGUCAACUAUGACAAAGGCACAUGGACUGAAAUAGAAUUCCAACUCAACCAUAAUCAUAAGGUAAUUCCGAGCGUAGCGACUUUAUAAUCUCGUCGCGCGCGAAGCGCGAGUAGUCUGCUAACCGCGCGUGGUCUUAGCCAGCUGCAAAAUUCGAUGCGCCAUAAAUCUUUUCAUGAAUAUAUAUUCUUGGUGUCCGUCAAUGACGUCAUGGAGCAUUUUGCGUUUCCAGGCAACAUAGACUUUGCCGCCGAUAACCAAGGUUUUGAUGUGUUUAUUCAUCGUCUGUGAAACAAAGUUUACUAUCGGUGAAUCACCAACAAUUUCCCAUGCAAAUGAAACACAAGCACAGCAGGUGCAAAACCUCGCCCAGGAAGAUUUUCCACCGAAACUCCUCUGGAACGAGAACGCCGACUUCAAAUUUAGCGUGAACAACGAAGGAGAAGACGUCAACAAGAAACCGCGGAGGAGAGAGAACAUUGGCCCAGCACAGCGAAGGCAACGCCACCAACAAGAGACAGAGGAACAGGAGAUUGGAAUCAGAGGCAUUAUGAUCGUUUUACACUGUGGAAAACCCAGAUUUCUUAGUUUGCCGGUUUCCCCGCCGAUAUAUAGAUCAACGGCUGCAAAGCUUCAGUUCAGUAUUACGGCCCGAAGUAUAAUAAUUCUCAGGCGAACUGCACUGCCAUAUUUGUUCUUUGUUUUUACCUUUUUCUAAAUCCGGACGCCGAAAUAAUGCUAAAUCUGCUUCUCAAUACACCGUUAACAAUAACACCACACAAUACGCAAAAAAGAAGGAGAAGAAAAGAAAGAACAGCGUAUGGACCUUUACGACGAUAUUCGCGGUUGGUCUCCCAUCCAGUUCUUAACCCCGACCGUUAGGGCUUAACUUGAGUGCCGUUACCAAACCGAGCUUCGCGACGGUUAUUGCGAGAUACGUAUUUCUAGUUAUAAUCAUAACAUUUCGGGGGUAAAACCAGACCGAACGAGCUGGCAUCUAAUUAAAAAUUAUUCCUGAAGCCCGAAUGGGUUCUGAGUCAAUAGCUUCGGCCUCAUGGGCUAUUGACUCAGAGGCCAUUAGGGCGAGAGGAAUAAUUGUUUUAGUACUGAAAAUGCAACUAGUUGGUCAAAAAUAUCGAGGAGAAACAACUUUAGCUAGCAAAACGCGAUUCAGCCGCCAUUGUUUUGGUUUUCAAAGCCGGCCCUUUUCGCUACUAGUGGGCUAUAACAUAUAGCCUAGUAGUAGCUCAACCAAUCAGAACGCAGCGCUGAUGAUAGACCACUGGUUGGAUUUUACUAAAUACAAAUAGUUGAUCCCAGAAUGAGCGAUUAACUUUAUAUAGUUACCCUAAACUGAUAAUACUUCGUUACUUUGUUUCGUCAUUUAGUGAUAACAUUAUGCACUUCUUUUUAGCAGUUGUUCAAAACAUUUUUGGAAAGACUUCCCUUCAUAAUUGUUACAGGUUUAAAAAAAAACGAUGACAUAAAUUAAGGAUAACCAAACCUGGUAGUCACCCGCGGCUUACCCUAUGGUUGAUACAGUAACUGUUCUUCAAACAAUUCUUCUUCCGAACGCGAUUUUCUUUUAGUGAACUCUGAUCAAGAAGUCCUAUAUUAUUAUUAUAUCAAUAUCAAAAUAGAUUAAAAACACCUAUUACUUUAUUUGCAGGUAUUCAACGCAACAGAUCGGGCAGGGCUCAUUGAUGAUUCUUUUAACCUAGCAAGGUAAAAGAAUGUUGAUUUCUUCAAAUUCAUAUUAUCUUAGGUGAAAACAAAAGUCCUAUUAAUAUCAUUUGCACUUAAUAUGUCUUUCGUAAAUCUUUUGAAUCCUAGAUUUACAUUUAGAAGAAAAAUAUAUGUCUACUUAUUCAUUUUUAUUUUUUUCUGUUUUUAGGGCCAACCUUCUAAAUCACACUGAACCGCUUGCCUUAUCCACGUAUCUAAGCAAAGAAGAAGAUUAUGUUCCUCUGUUAGCAGCUAUGAGGAAGUUUUCAGCAAUAAUGAAAAUUCUACCGCCCACUGUACCAGCUUACAAAUAUCUUCAGGUAAUGGUUUUCACCAAAGAGCCAUUAGUAGUAUAGGGUGCACCAGCUACUCCAGUUUUCUGGGCAGGAAGAAACGACACGGGCCUUUUCGUGGGCUUAUCUUAUUACGAUAACAUCACGUGCUAUUUUCGUAGUUUAACCAUGCAACUUUGACUUUAAAAAAUAGUACUCAGUUCAGAAUAAAGACAAAAUGGGAUUACUUAUAUAAUAAUGAGUUCCACAUUCAAAUAAGCGCUCCACUUCGAAAUUAGUAUCAGUCCUUCUCGCUUCAGAAAGCUGAAACACUUCAAGGGCACCAGUAUCAGAGCUUUAAGUAGAUUAAGUCACAAAAAUCCAAAAUAACGGGCUACCACUUGGUAAGGUUUAAGAAGCCGAUGUUCUUCAACGUUGAAUUUCACUGCUAACCACUUAGCGUUUUAUCUGAAUCAUUACUGUUGAUUAAAUUCUCAGAGAUUCGUUAGAGAGUUAACCAAAUCCCAAUACGACUCACUUGGAAUUAAAGAUCAGGGAACGCAUUUAGAAAGGUUCGUGGAAAAUUUAUUUUACUUCAUAACCAGCAUAGGUCGCUUCCUAGGAUUGUAGCCAAACAUAAGCCCGCUCUGUUGUACACUCAGUUUUGUAACAACGGUGGCCUCUGAUUGGUUACCAGCCUUUUUAACGAUUCAUACUACUUUUGUUGAUUUCGUGUUGAAUGGAUAUGGAAAAAAAUGUGAAUAAUGCGAAGGAACUUCUUUUAGGCCCGUUGAAUAGGAUGAGAUCGCCAUAAAGGUGAAAAAAAAAAUUGAAUUCAAGCGGUUUCACUAUAUAGGCAAGAGCGAUGCUUCUCUUCAAAUAAGUCUGUUUAUAGAGACAACCAUAUCAGAAAGUCAAAUUAAAUUAAAAGUGGUGACUUAGAUAGAAAAAAAAAGGGGGCGGAGGCAUCCCUCUUUUAAAAUAGUUCUUUUAUUAAUUAAGUUACCUUAUUAUUCAUUCAAAAUAUUUCUCCGUUUCUGAUUGGCUAAAAGCACACGCAUAAUUCACCAUAACCAGCUUCCCUUGACCAAAUUUGGAAGAACUUUGCGAUUAAUCAACCGAUGACGUCAAAAGUGGAAGCACAGUUGCAGGGUAAUGCACCGUCAACCGAGGAGACCUGGGGACGAGGUUGAGUUGUCUUGGUUGUGAACAUACUGCGGAACAUUUUACUCGUUUCAGGACGAACUAUUGCCCAAAAACAUAGCAAAAAGAAAACUCGAUAGACAACAUCUGCUAUUUGGAGUAUAUUUGUAGAUCUAAACAGCCUGUAUUUUCUAAAAAUCCACUAUCGAGAUGAACUUUACAUCGACGAAAGUAAGCAUGUUUUAACUUGUUUUUAAACUAGGAAUUAUUUUGAAUGAAUAAUAAAGCAAUUAAUGAAUUGGCUUUCGUAGGAUAUGAAGAAUUAGGCAGAUCUUGGAGGGUGUUAUCCACCUUAGCCCGAGAAAACAGCCGACAUUUUGUGAUGCUACCACCGGCAUGGUUUCCACGAGAAAGUAAAACCAAAUGAAUGGUGGAGUUGCGAAAUGACGGCUGUUUUCUCAGGCUAAUUAACUUGUGGCUCUCCCAGUGGUGGACACUUUUCAGUUCGAAUUGGACUUUCAAAAGUGUUGGCUUCCUUAAAGAGAGAGGGAAAACCUGGGUACCUUGAGAAAGAUUCAGAGGAGAAAACCAGCAUCAAGGCCUCAAAUGACGUCGUUGCCGGUACUUGAACCCCGUCUGUCUGUAACCCGAGCUCCAGUGGUCACCAGAAUUGUCGGUGGGAAGCUAAUGCUCUAACCACUAACCAUGCACUACAACAUACCUCUUCCCCCUGGUCCUGAUCUAAAUUCUUGUAUGUUUUCUUCUCUUUGCUUUUCUUUUAAUAGGCUUAAGAGGAUCCUUUUAAUUAAUUCCAAUUGUGCAGCAGGCUUGGCAGCAUGCCUGGGAAAUAUGACGCAGCUGUUUGGCAAAUGGAUGGCAGAUCCUGUGAAAAAUCCGUGAGUUUUGUCUCGUUUUAAUCAUUCAAUCGUACCGCGUGUCUAUUCAUUACAUAUCAUAGAUGAUGUCAAAAUUUAAAUGUAGUAAGAACAAAGGAUCGGAAUGGCACCCCAAACACACGCGAGUGUGUCUCCGGUGUUCUUACUUUUGUGACCCCCCAACAGGAAAGUUAAACAAAGUAAGUUUAAACGUAAAAACAUAACUAAAAUUUUCUUAAUCACUCAGACGGUUGCGCAUAGAUUUGGCAGUCUUCUUUUUUAAUACGAACAAUUCUAUCGAAAUAAAAUGGUUACUUUGACCGUUAUUCCUUUCAGGGUUCCAGCAGACCUUAAGGCUCCAGUUUAUCAUUAUGGUGUAUUAACUGGAGGCGAGAAAGAAUGGGACUUUGCAUACAGUCAGUUCACUAGCACGAAUGUUGUGUCGGACAAACGGCUUCUGCUCCAUGCAAUGGCGGGCGCGCAACAACCAUGGCUCAUUGAAAGGUUCUUUACUUCUUUUAUUAAAUCACCUCAUCAAAUGUGGGCUAUUCCUUCGAGUUCAAGUGCCCAUCUUUUGUAAAUUUCAAGAAAAGUAGCCAAAACUUAUUUAGUUCACCAGAGGGGGCCAGUGGCGCUACCCUCAUACCUUACUGCUAACGCCAAGCUUUUGACAGGGUUCAGGGUCGGACUCUCGCUGUUAGAUCGCCCGGUUACGUUUUAUGUGGCUGGACAAAGGUCCUUUCACCUGAUCGUCCUUUCACGAUUCGACAAACGAGAAUCCAGGUUCUAGCUUAUUUCUAAAUAUGACGUCAUUAGCGUGGAUCCACACGAUCCAUCCUGCAACCGCGAUUCUGUACUGACUUAUUGUACAGAUGUAGGUGGGCUAUACAGUUAUUUGUGGCCGAAACAUCCAAUAGGGAUAUUCUUCUAACAUCAAGCAAAGUAGGUGAAUGCAAAAAUUUAUUUUACCACUACACUGAUAAAUUUGCACGGGAUUACCAGGGUUAAAAAUCGUCUCUUUGGAUUUUGCAUUCUUUGUUAGAGAGAUCUAGUGACUAACAAUCUGGGACCAGAAAAGUAUUUUUAAUUAGAAUUCGCGAAGAGGGUGCCGUUGGGUUGUUCAUAGUUAUGUUGUGUCACUAAUUUUAAAUCAUGUGUUUCCCUCUUCUGUAUUAUCCAGGCUAGUGGUUUUUUAUUGUUAUGUUAUUGUCUUUUUUUUCCCUCAGACCCCAAAUGAAUUUUUCUUUUUUACAGUUGUUGUUAGAUAGCUCUUUUUAAGACUUUUUCACUCAUGUGUUUAUUACUUUUGUCUUAUCUCUACACAUUUUCAUUAAUCAUAAGCUAUAAUCAGUGACAAAAGUAACUGGCACACUUUUCUAAAACGCGCACUUUUAUUAGCAAUUCGAUUCAUUACUUAAGAAAGCCUUGAGGGCUUAGAAUACAAUAUUCGUUGGUAGUCAUUUAAUGGAAGCUUCUCAAAACCUUAAUUAAUGUCCUUCAUUCUAAUUAGACCUUUUUUGUCUACUCUGUCACAGGUAUCUUAAUUACGCACUGGACCCUACGAAAAUCGGACGCACCCACACCUAUUAUGUGAUUUACUCCAUUUCUGAAAGCAAUGCCAUGGGCACUAAUAUCGCAUGGAAUUUUUUUCAACUAAACUGGGAAAAAAUAACAAAAAUGUGAGUACAGAUGCCAGCCAACUAUUGCAACUGUACAUGAUGUACAUGUCAGAAUAUUAUGUAUUUAUAGACACUCACACCGUUUUUAUUUUGGGUCUUUUUCAAGUUUUUGAUAAAGACCAGUUAACGAACAUUCAUUGACACUGCUGCAAAGAGCGCCUUAAAAUUAGGAAACUUACCAAAUUUAAGGGCGAUACGUUAUUAAAAGUGAGUGAAGUUAUUGUCGCAAAAUUUUACACACGUUUUUAUGGUGGCAGCUUGAAACUGCUCCCCGCCAACAAACGUCCGUAAAAUUCAGCAUUCUUGCCGAGCUAUAUCUUCGUUUAUUUUCAAGAAAUCAAGUUCAAAUUUGGCACCUUUAAUUAUUAUAUGACGUUCUUUUCAGCCUUGUUGACGGACUUUCGCAAGCAAGUGGUCCUAGUAAUUGUUGAAAAAACCGUAGAGUGAUCUAUUGUUAUUCUUUUUUUUUAACUGUGUUUUUAUCCACUAAACGUUCACACUAAAAUAUUUCGAUAACACCCUCGUGAAAUUUGCUCAAACUUUGCAAACACAUCGAAUAAAGAAUAAGACUAAUCCCUCGUGAAAAUGAAGUGUCAGAAAAAUAGGUAAAGACGUUAGUACGUUCCUAUGAAAACUUCAAUGUCAGAUAUCAGUUAUGUAGUAGUCUAGUCAUAACAGUUUUUCUCGAAGACUGUGGUGACUGUCUUGCGAUAGUUUUGUUACUUGAGACGCGAUGGGAGUUACUAAAAAUUCCAGUCAAGUCACCUUAAACAGCUUUAUUAAUUAAAAUACCUGCGAAAAUCAGACCUUUGAGUAUAUCCUAGCCACCGAAAUGUUAUGAAGUCGCUUUAUUAGUGUUGCUGGCACCUGCUAACUAUAAAGACUCUUCAAAUAAUGAAUAUGUCUUGACUUAAACAUAUAUAGUAUUUAUAUCAGUGUCUGGGUUAGAUACUAGAUUUUUUUAGCUUCUUUUGUAUCCAGUCGAUUUAAAUUUUCUUAAAACAUAGCCAGUCUUAACGUCUUAUUGAUGCUGACAGUUUCGAUGACUGUCAGCCAUCUUUAUCAGAACUUGAAAAACAUUAAAAGUGUCAGAAGCCUUAAAUAGGCUUCUGAAGGUGUUAAUUAUUGCGAUAAACGCGCAAAGUCACUCUGUAGACGCCCCCUCCCCCCUGGUUUGGGGGUGGAGAUCACUUGUGUCCAUAUGAGAGAAAGCUGAUAGGCUCCCUCGUCCCUGUUCAUAAUUAAUGUUUUUCAAGUUUUGAUAAAGAUGGCUGACAGUCAUCGAAACUGUCAGCAUCAAUAAGACGUUAAGACUGGCUAUGUUUUAAGAAAAUUUAAAUCGACUGUUUAACUUCACUAGCCUGAUGAAUUUCUUCAAGAAUUCUUUUGUAUCCGUAUAUCCUAGGUUUGGAGGUCCAUAUAACACAUUGAGUGGCUUUGUUCCACUUUUGUCCAAGCGAUUCUCAACAGAGUACCAGCUACAAAAGGUACGAGAAGUUUAUCACCUGCUUUUCAUACAGCGAUUUCUUAAAUAAAAUCACCAACACAACCCUGAAAAACCCUUAUUACGAUCAUGACAAUAAACAACAGUCUCAUUAAACCGACUUUUUGCAUUGGUUAUAUUACGAGACGGAAACGAGCUUAAUGAGAACAAUCGCGCUAAGUUAAUAACUUAUCUUUCAGCUUUUUUAAAAUUGUUUUGUUACUGUAAGUUAAAUUAGUACGCAAGGUAGCCAAAAAAGGGAUAUUUUAUUAGGCAGGAUAGUUAUAUUUCAGUGCUUGCAAUUUUUUACGAGUUAUAAAAAGCAACGGAAGGAAAAUGCUCUUAAAAGACAUUUAAGUCAUCGCAAUGUGAAAACACUGAAGUAGCACAAGAAAUAAACAAUGAAAACCGUAAAAAAAACUUUCAGCAACUUCUUGCCUUCCCUGAAAACGUUAUCAUUAUAGUUUUAUUUUAUUUUAUUAUUUAUUUUAUUUUAUUUUUGUAUGAGGGGGGUACGUUUAGGCUAAUCGCUAGCAAAUUCUUUAAGUAUAUAUUUUCGCGUAACUGCAAAGAAAUGUACAUCAAGUAACUACUGCGCCCUUCAAGAGCAUCAGUUCGGCCGAAGUUGACGCAUGAUAGCACUAAAUUCCAUUUUUUUUUUCUUUCAGCUCCAGGAUUUUAUCGCUAGUGUAGUUAAAGGUGGACCUUUAUCAUGGAGUGUUCAACAGGCCAUAGAGAGAGUCAAAAUUAAUAUUCAGUGGAGAAAAACAAACGAAAAGGAUGUAGAAAAGUGGCUGAGGGACUAUUUCAACAGACCCGUAAAACCAACCUUCGGCCCUCCAGCAAAAUGAGGAUAUGUCGUUAUUCAAGACCAAUAUUUAACAAUUAUUCCUCGAGCCCGAAUGGGCUCUGAGUCAAUAGCUCAUGAGGCUUAAGGCCGAAUGGGCUAUUGAAUUUAGUAAAAACUAACUAGUUGGUCAAAAAUAUCGAGAAUAAAAAAAUUUUAGCUUGUCAAAGCCUGCGCUUUUCGCUACUAGGGGGCUAUAACAUAUAGCCUAGUAGUGGCUCAGCCAAUCAGAAUGCAGCAUUGAUAAUAGACCACCAGUUGGAUUUUUUAAUAGCUAACAUUGCCAGAAUUAAGCCACGCGUCAAUUCGGGGCACAUAAGUGUUAGCCUAAGAAAAUAGCCGACAUUUUGGGGAACACCUCUGGUUUCCCCACGAAAUGUAGGUUGUUUUCUUAGGCUAACAAUUAUGUGCCCCGAAAACCUGACGGGCGGCUUAAUUCUGCAUGUUAUUGUCCCAUGAUGACUUGUUGUCUGCCUCUACGACGACCAGCUGCAGUGUCGCAGUAAAAAAUCUACGCGUAUGCUAAAAAAGAGGGGUGGUGACCAAAACCUCUUUCUUCAAGACAACCUCGUCCCCAGGUUCUUUCUCCUAACUCCCCUCUCUCGCUCCGUAGGGCGGGUAGGAGAGAACCCUGGUAACGAGGUUGUCUUCACGAGAGCUUAGUCUGUUGACUUAGCUCCACACGCCGUUUGUUUAAUACCCAAGGGCUUGUGAUCUACUGCUAAAUAUAUCAUAUCAAUCUAUCUAAUUGCACAGUUAUAACGUGACAGCUUACUAAACUUUCUUUAUUGUUUGAAGAUUAACUUUUUUUGUGCCAUUAUUUAGAAUGUUAACAAGCUUUUGCAACUGAUUUUGUCUACUUAUCAGUUGUCUGACCUUUUCCCUGAGUAGUUUCGUUAAUUCCUUAUUUAAUUUACGGAAAAUUCCGCAAGCGGGUCCACCAGUGUGGGUAUUGCCUAGUGGACGAUUCAGUCAGUCGGCUGACUCAGACUUUUCAGCUUUGCUAUGUAUUGUUGAAAAAUAUUGUAAGAUCUAGGCCAAUCUCGUAUCCAGAUUACGGAGUGAGAUCUGGAAACGAGAUUAGGUUCCAGGCGAUAGCCGGUAGCCCGACAUAGUUGCGAAAAAUUCCUCAAAGCUGCUUAUCUUAUGCAUUAUCUUAUGCAUGUCUUGUGCGGUGAAACGCCAUCCCGAGGAAAGGGCAUAGCAGAAAUAUAAUAUUGAACUUCAUUAAAAACUGAAAUUACAACAUACAAACUUAGAUGAAGAAGGAUGGGAGCAAAAACAUUUACCGCCGUAGAAUGACACAAAAUCCUCUGCCAUUCAAAAAGCUGUAUAACACAUUGCAGCUGUAGUAUGUCCCAUAUCAUCCUGCUCUUCUCUCAAUCGUGCCGUCAGAACAUUAUUUUAUACCUGACCAAUUUGUUCCCAAUUAUUUCUGUCGUCAGACAUUUCAUUUUAACAAAACUUAACUUAGCUAUUUGAGUAGCAAUAUCAACUAGAAUUGCUUAAAGAAUUACUUAAAAGUUGAGUUUGCUGGUUGAGUAUUUACCAACAUUCAGCCUACUUAGAAACUCAUGCGAUCGUACAUUUCAAACAAUCAAAUAAACGCUGCGACUGAAAUUAUAAAUCUGUUGUUUACAAUCCUCGAUUAACACCUGCCGAAUUAAGGCGGAAUUUAUUUUUCCUUUGCGCCCUCCAUUGACGAGUUGAAAGCAACGCAUUGAGAAUCUGUUUAAAUACAGGC